UGCUAAAAGACUACACAGGCACAUAGGUCAGGACUACUGCACCUCUUGCGGAUCGACAGCAACUCAAGUCUGUCCGGAAGACGGAUGGACGGAUGCCGAUAGACGAGACGUAGAUCAGUGUUGGAAGUCUUUCAUGGGAUCUUCCUCCCAACCUGGUGCCCAGGAUCCUGGUGGCGUUGACCCUGAAGGACACGCGAGCUGGCAUGAGGUUCCUCUCCGGAGCUCCACAGACUGAGUGUGCCUCGACCUGCUACCGAGUGUCACCCGGGGCCGAUGCCACCCUGAGGGAGGUCGAGGGCCUUUACCUGCAGUUCACCUUCAACGACGUGACCCCUGAGCUCACGGCCCCCGUGCAGGGCGGGGCGGCGGGCCCAGCCGAGGCCCAGCUCACCGUGGUCGCCGGCCUCAAAGACCAGAUGGAGAAGGCGCUGCUGGCUGUGGCCGACAAUCUGCUCAACUGCUUCUCCCCGGAUUCUCUGACCACCCCCCCAGAGUGCGUCCUCCGCUGCUGUGCCCUGCUGACCGGGCUCCUGGCCGGGUACGUCACCACCGGGCUCCUGAGCGAGGAAGACGCCUGCCAUUCCCAACUCUUCCUCAAAGCCAAGUCGCUGGCCCAGGACUUCAGCGAGUACGUGUCGACCGUCAAGGUGAAGAUGGCGGAGGACGGCACCAUGGCGACGCUCAGGUCCAUCAUGAGGCUGUGCACCGCGUGCGUCAGCCGCGGCGGCACGAACAAGAUGAGCGCCGUCGCUUCCGGCCUGUUCCUGAAGAUUCUCUCGGCCAGACUCCUGAGCGAGCUCGCCGAAAUCUGCAAACUCUUGCUGCUCAGCCAGGGGAAGGCAGGCGGCGGGGCGGCGGUGGAGGAGGAGCAGGGCGAGGAGGACUGGACCGGGAGCCGCACCCAGCAGGCCCCCGAGGCGGGGGACAUCGACCUGUUUGACGACGGGGACGGAGCCCACGCCAGCGCCCGGCCCCCCCUCCGCUCCGGCGGGGACUCCUCCCAAGACGGGCAGAGUGGACCGGGAGCCAAGAGCCCGCUGGCGGAGGAGGGGCUGCGGGCGCAGGACUGGGCACUCCUGGACACGCUGGAGACGCUGGCAGCGUGUUCCUCGGCCGCCCCCAGCCACGGCCUCGCUUUCAAGCCGGCCGAGGUGCGACACAGGCUGCUGCUGCUGGUGGAGCACGUCGACUUCACCAAGCCGCUCCACCUCCGCAUGUACCUGGUCCUGCUCACGAAGCUGCCCUCUGAAGACGCGUCUUUGCCUCCCGAGGAGUUUGACUCUCUGCUCAGACCGCUGGCGGACCUGUGUUCGCUGUACCGUCAAGACCAGGAGGUGUGUGCCGCCGUGCUGCUGGGCCUGCUGCCCUCCAUCAGGAGCCUGGGCCGCAGCCAGGACUCGGCCCAGGACAUGAGGCACGUCCAGGGGAGUCUGCUGCAAGUGCUGUCCGGGUUCUGCAUCCUAGGCAGGACGGGGAAGUGCACGGCGACGGUGAGGGCCGCGCUGGUCCGCUGUCUGCUGGCGUUGCUGGAGGUGGACCCCGGCGGCGAGUGGGCGGCGCUGACUCUUCGGGAGGAGGAGCUGGCCGUGUCUGACCUCCUGCCCUGCAGCCUGGCGGACUCUCACCACCACGUCCGCAUGCUGGCCGCCACGUCCGUGGACAGGCUGUUUUUGGAGAUGACGCCGGGCGUCUCGGGGAAGAGGAAGAUGCUCCCUCUGCGACGACAGCAGGCGGCGUUCGAGAACGUUUACCUGAAGGCCCAGGAGGGAAUGAGAGCCCAGAGGGGCAGCUCGACGGAGGAGCAGGGAGACGAGACGGUCAACGGCCACGCGGCUCUGCUGAGGAGCCUGUCCGUGGUGCUGCGCUGCAGCCCCGUGUGUGAGAAGCAGGCCCUCUUCGCCCUGUUCCAGUCCUACAAGGAGAACCACGUAGAGGAGCGGCUCAUCAAGAAGGUGUUGGGCGGGGUGUCGAGGGCGCUGGGCUACAGGACUGUGGACGGCUUCGUUUCCUCCCACCUGGACUUCCUGGUGGCCAAGUGGCUGGGCCAGAGGCAGAAGGACACCCGCUACACGCUGGAGUCCUUCCCCUACGCCCUCCUCAACCACGCCAGCCUCACCCACUUCUACAGCUGCUCCUACCAGGUUCUGAUCCCCCACCUGGUGUUCCUGGACGACUUUGAGCAGGUCCGCUCCAUCGGGGAGCGCCUGGGGAAGGACUGGAAGGGCCUGCUGGCCGACUGCUUCCCCAGGAUCGUGGUCAACAUCCUGCCCUACUUCGCCCUGUCCAGCCAGGACGCCCAGGUGGCCCAGCGGCGAGAGAAGGCCCACCGGGUCUACGACCUGCUGAAAGACGCCAACUGUCUGGGCAAACAGCAAAUCGACAGCCUGAUUCACAGUAACCUGGCCGACAUCGUGGUGGAGCUGUUGAUGACUCUGUAUGAAGGAGCGGGCACUGAGGGAGAGCCCUCGGGAGAGCUCAGAUCCUUUAUAGGGGAACUGGACCCGGCCCCAAACCCGCCCUAUUUCAGCUCCUACGUCAUCAAAGCCACGCUGGACUACCUCAGCAAGUGUCACAGCACCAACCACAAGUCCCUGGUGGCCAUCUUGUCCAAGACCCCGAUCUCCAUCCAGCGUAUCUUGCUGGCAGUGUGUGAGAGGGCGGCGGACACCACCAACCCCUACGAGCGCCACCGCAUCCUGCUGAUGUACCACCUGUUCGUCAGCCUGCUGCUCCGCGAGGUCCGCGACGGCCUGGGCGGAGCCUGGGCCUUCGUGCUGCGCGACAUCACCUACACGCUCAUACACCACAUUAACGGCAGGCCUGCCCAGCUGGAGGAGGUGUCCAGACGCACCUUCUCCUUGUGCUGCCAGCUGCUGGCCUCCGUGUGCCGCACGGCCGUCCAGUUCUGCGACGACGCGCUGGAGAGCCACCUGCAGGUCAUCGUGGGCACGCUGACCGCCCAGGUGACGGAGCGGGACCCUGCCGUCUCCCAGCAGGUGCUCGGCCUGUUGAAGUUCCUGGUCGUGGAGAGUCGGGACAAGUUGAAGAGCGCCAUCCAGAGGUUGGAGCCCUUCCCCGACCGGCCCGAGUUCAGAGAGCUGAGGGGGGGCCAGCGCACACUCAAAUACAGCGCCGGGAACUUCACCCUCCGACAGGAGAUAGUCCACUUCCUGUCUGUGGCCUCCUGUGAUUCGCUGCCUCUCACCCGACUGGAGGGGCUGAAGGACCUGAGCCGACAGCUGCGCACCAACAAGGCCCACGUCGCAGAGCUGCUUCGGGAGUGCCACGCGGAGCCAGCAGACAGUGUGUUGGUGCAGCUGGUCCUCAACCUGCUGCAGCUGUGCAAGCUGGCAUCCAACCAUCCAGGAGGAGCCGACAUCCUAGAGGCUGCAGGCAGCUGCCUGGGGGAGCUGGGCCCCGUCGAUCUGUCCACCAUCGCCCUCCUCCAGGCCAGAGAUCCUCUCCACACCAGGGCUGCCUCGCUCUUCUCCUCCGUGGAGCCCCGGAACCUGUUCAUCAUCCUCAACUGCAUGAACAACGCUCUCACACACCACAGUAUCCAGGUGAGGAAGGCGGCGGCUCAGUGUGUCAAGAACAUCCUGGCCACGCGGUCUGGGGCUGACUUCUGGGACCUGCACAAAGACCACCGUGACCCCAUGCUGACCCACCUUAACCCCUUCAGAUCCGCCAAGAAGAAGCAGCCGGAAGCUCUGCCUGCCGAGACCAGCUCGGAUGCCCGGGACCAGCUGGAGAGCCAGGAGCUGUGGGUGCCCCAGGCCGGGGGCGACAAGGCCUGGCUCAGGACCCUGUGCUCCACCCUGCUGGACAGCGGGGGAGUGAGGAGCGAGGCCCUGCUGCUCUCUCGGCCCCUGUGUCUGGUGAGGACAGACUUCUGCCAGCGGGCUCUGCCCCUCAUCAUCCACGACAUCCUGCGGGGCGACGCGCAGGGCUCCUGGAGGACGCUGCUGUCCUCCCGCAUCCAGGACUUCUUCACCCACUGCUCCCGCCACGCCCAGGCCGCCAGCCGCCCCGCCACCCCGCUCCCCCCCGACUCAGGGGAAACGGACGUUGGCGUCCAGGGCUCCCUGGACAAGGCCUCCCUGCGUACGAUGUUGUCUGUCGUCGACUAUCUAAGACAGCAGCAGAGGCCAAUAGCCGGGGACGGGGACUUGUGUGGGACGGUGUGCGAUUCCAACUUCUGGUUGGAGCUGAACUACCUGGAGGUGGCCAGGGCGGCCCAGGCCUGCUCCGCCCACUUCACCGCCCUGCUCUACGCCGAGGUCUACGUCGACAAGAUCCAGUCGGACAUGGAGGAGAGCCGCCGGGCCCAGGCGAGAGCGUCUCGCAGGCUGGCGUUUGACGACGGCAGCCAGAACGUCACGCUCUCCAGUCUGAUGGAGAAGAGCCUGGAGGACACCGGCAUCAGUCUGCAGGACCUGCUGAUCGAGGUGUACCGCAGCAUCGGAGAGCCAGACAGUCUGUACGGCUGUGGAGGAGGGAAGAUGACCAGCCCUCUGACCAGGAUCAGGACGUACGAGCACGAGGCGUCGUGGGGGAAGGCUCUGACCUCGUACGACCUCCACGCCAACCUCCCCGAGGUCACGCGGCAAGUGGGCAUCGUGGAGGCUCUGCAGAACUUUGGCCUGAGCGGCGUCCUAGCGACUUACCUGCGGGGGCUGGAGAGCGAGGGGGUGGAGUGGGGGGCGGAGCUGCGGGAGCUCAGGUUCCAGGCGGCCUGGAGGAACAUGCAGUGGGACUGUGACCUAUCAGAGAGCUCCGAAAAAUGCAAGCCAGGCUUCAACGAGUCUGUGUACUGUACCCUGCAAGCUCUGAGAGACAAAGAGUUCUCGACUUUUGACCAGACCCUGAAAUAUGCGAGGGGUGUGGAGGUGGAGGAGCUGUGCAGAGGCAGCCUGGAGGCCGUGUCUUCGCUCUACCCAGCGCUCUGCAACCUGCAGAGGAUCAGCGAGCUGGACGGCCUCCGACAGCUGUUCUCCAGGCCCGUCACAGACGCAGGGCUGACCGAGGUGUGGAGCCAAUGGCAACAGCAUUCCAAGCUCCUAUUGGACAGUGACUUCAGCCUGGUGGAGCCCAUCCUGGCCCUGCGCUCCGUCGCCCUGGAGACCCUGAGAGCUCGGCAGGGAGACCCCGACACCAAGAAGUACCUCAGCCUCGUCCUCACAGACCACCUCAUGGAUGUCUGUCAGCUGGCCCGCACAGCCGGGAACACGCAGCUGGCGGAGAGGGCGGUGUUCCAGAUGCGGCAGCGCGGCGGCGGGGGGGCGGGGGCGGGGGCGGCGGCGGCGUCCCGCUGGCAGCUGGAGGAGGCGCAGGUGUUCUGGGUGAAGGGAGAGCAGGGUCUGGCCCUGGACCUGCUCCGAGGGAUGAUCCACAACCUGAAGGGACAGGUGGACUUCAACCCCGCUCUGGUGCCCGUCUUCUCUGAGGGCCUCAGGCUGUGCGGCACCUGGCUGGCCGAGACGUGUCUGGAGAGCCCCGGAGUCGUCCUGGAACAGUACCUGGAGAAGGCGGUCGAGGUGAUGGAGGAGCAGGCCGUGGAGGGCCCCGCGGGGCCCCUGCAGAGCCAGAGGACCCGGGCCUUCCUGUCCCUGGCCCGCUUCUCCGACGCCCAGUACCAGAGCAUGGACAACUACAUGAAGUCGUCCGAGUUUGAGACCAAACAGGCGCUGCUGGACAAGGCCAAGCAGGAGGUGGGCCUGAUAAGGGAGUGCAAGGUCGGCAUCAACAGGUACACGGUGAAGGUGCAGCGGGAGCUGGAGCUGGAUGAGAAGGCUCUCUCCAGCCUGCAGGCGGACCGGCGGCGCUUCCUGUGCAAGGCCGUGGAGAACUACAUCCUGUGCCUGGAGCAGGGGCUGGAGCAGCAGGCCUGGGUGUUCCGCCUGGCCUCCCUCUGGCUGGAGAACGGCCACGUCAAGGAGGUCAACGACAAGAUGAGGGCGGGCAUUAAGAGGAUCCCCUCCUACAAGUUCCUGCCCCUCAUGUACCAGCUGGCGGCCAGGAUGGGCACCAAAAUGUCGGCCGGCGGGGCAGAAGAUGUGGGCUUCCACGAGGUGCUAAACCAGCUGAUGUGCCGGUCGUCUCUGGAGCACCCUCACCACACCCUCUUCAUCAUCCUGGCCCUGGUCAACGCCAACAUGGACGACAGCUUCUCCAGUGGCCGCCUGUCCAAGACCGCCUCGCGCCAGCCUUCCCAGCUAGACAUGGAGCGGUCGGAGGUGGCCAAGAAGAUCAUCAACGAGAUCAGGAAGAGGAAAGCUCCGAUGAUCCGAGGCAUCGAGCUCCUGUGUGACGCCUACAUCACUCUGGCCUACAUGGACGCCAGUCGCCACAAGGCCGAGAAGAAGGCCAUCCCGAUCCCUGCUGACCAGCCCAUCAUGAAGAUCAAGGACCUGGAUGAUGUCGUCAUUCCCACCAUGGAGAUCAGGGUGGAUCCCUCCGGUAACUAUGACGACCUGGUGACCGUCCGGUCAUUUAUGCCCCACUACCGCCUGGCCGGAGGGGUCAACCUGCCCAAGAUCAUCGACUGUGUGGGUUCGGAUGGGAAGAGCAGACGACAACUGGUCAAGGGUCAGGAUGACCUUCGCCAGGAUGCCGUCAUGCAGCAGGUGUUCCACAUGUGCUCCACUCUGCUGCAGCGCAACACCGAGACACGCAAGAGGAAGCUCAACAUCCGGCGCUACAAGGUGGUGCCCUUCUCUCAGAGGAGCGGGGUUCUGGAGUGGUGCUCGGGCACCGUGCCCAUCGGAGAGUUCCUGGUGGACACCCAGAGAGGCGCCCACAAGCGCUUCCGGCCCCAGGACUGGACCAGCAUGGCCUGUCGCAGGAAGAUGAUGGAUGCUCAGCGGCAGGGCUUCGAGGAGAAGGUCCAGGCCUUCAGCGAGGUGUGUGCGAACUUCCGGCCGGUCUUCAGGUUCUUCUGCAUGGAGCGCUUCCUGGAUCCUGCCGUGUGGCUGGAGAAACGACUAGCCUACACCCGCAGUGUGGCCACCUCCUCCAUUGUGGGCUACAUUGUGGGCCUGGGGGAUAGACACAUCCAGAACAUUCUGAUCGAUGAACAGACGGCGGAGCUGGUCCAUAUAGACCUGGGGGUUGCUUUUGAGCAGGGCAAGAUUCUUCCCACUCCUGAGACCGUCCCCUUCAGACUGUCCCGGGACAUUGUGGACGGCAUGGGCAUCACCGGGGUGGAGGGCGUCUUCAGGAGAUGCUGCGAGAAGACCAUGGAGGUCAUGAGAGGUUCUCAGGAGGCCUUGCUGACUAUUGUGGAGGUGCUGCUGUACGACCCCCUGUUCGACUGGACCAUGAACCCCCUGAAGGCGUUCUACCUGCAGCAGCACGAGGAGCAGGCGGAGCUCAACGCCACGCUCAACGCCUCCCUGGAAGGGGACGAGCCGGACGCCCAGCGCAAGGCCAGCUGCGACAGCCAGAGCUUCAACAAGGUGGCGGAGCGCGUCCUGCUGCGCCUGCAGGAGAAGCUGAAGGGGGUGGAGGAGGGGGCGGUGCUGAGCGUGGGGGGUCAGGUCAACCUGCUCAUCCAGCAGGCCUUGGACCCCAACAACCUCAGCCGCCUCUUCCCCGGCUGGCAGGCCUGGGUGUAGGGUCCCCAGAGGGGGGGGGGGGGGGGGGCU